AUGGUGCUUAAGUGCAAGUAUUUUAAAAAUAGUUCCUUCUUGGAAGCUAAAUGCCCAAGGACUGCUUCCUUUACUUGGAAGAGUAUUAUGUGGGGAAGAGAAUUACUGAAUGAAGGGUUGAGGGGGAGAAUUGGCACAUGCGAGAGGGUGAAAAUUUAUAGGGAUAGAUGGAUCCCUAUUGAAACUAGAACAAGACAAGUUGACACCCAGAGAUGGCAUUACGGUGCCAAGGGAUCUUACAUAGUGAGGAGCUGUUAUCAUCUGGCGAUGAAUUUAAGAUAUGAAGCUUCUGGGUCUGAUUCCUCUAAUUGCAUGCGAUGGUGGAAUUCUUCUAGAAGGUUCAUUUACCCUCUAAGAUUGAACUUGCAGAAUAGAGGGAUGUGUGUUGAUGUCUCGUGCCCGUCUUGCGGUUUUAAUGUAGAUUCUGCUAUUCAUGUGUUGUGGUUUUGCAAAGAAGCCAAAGUAGUGUGGAAAUCUUGGAAUGGCGCUAGGAUGUUGAAACCUGAGGUCAAUAGGAAGCUACAAGACCUAUUAAUUCAUGCGUUUAAGGAAUUAAAUAGAGAAGAUUUUGCUGUUUUUUUUAUCUUAAUCUGGCUUAUUUGGCACAUUAGGACCGUGAGGUUGUUUGGGGGAGAUGAAAAGCCGAAGGAUCAGCUGGUUCAAUGGGCUCAGUCGUAUUUUGAGGAGUACAAAGAGGCAGAUAAAAGAUGGGUUCCACCAAAGCAAUGGGUCUUCUCUGUUAAUGUGGAUGCAGAUUUUACAGAGAAUGGCUUUAGAACUGGGGUGGUGAUCAGGGACUGGCGCGUCGUGGUGUUAGCAUCGGAGUGCAGGAAAUACGCAGGCCAGAUACAGGUGUGCAUAGGGGAAGCUUUUGCUGUCAGAGAUGGUGUUACCUUAGCUAUCGAGACAAAUCUUACUCCUUUUGUUAUCAAUUAUGAUCCAAAAUUCGUAGAGGAUAGUUUCAAUAACAACAAGUUGCUUAGUAAUGACGUUGGCCUUAUCGCUCAAGAUUGUUUUGAGAUCCUCCGUAGCAGCAUUUGUAUGGGUUUUGUUUAUGUUUCUAGACAAACUAAUAACAGCUCAUAUGUUAGCAAAGGAAGUUCAUUCUGA